AUGGUCAAGAUUAGAUGGAAGUUCAGUGAACCUACAAAGAAAGACAUAAAACCCAAAAACGCAGGACCUAUACGUUCAAGAAAAACUGAUGUUAAGCCUAACAAGUCAACAGGACAAAGAAAACCAUGUCUUUUAGAACACAGAGUUGAAUCAAAUCAUAAUAUCAAAGACUGUCGUAAGUUUCGAACCCUUCCUAUUGGUUCGAGGAAAAAGCUUCUCAAGGAAAAUGGAAUUUGUUUCAGAUGUUGUGAUUCCAAGGAACACUUAGCGCGAGACUGUAACGUGAAGCUUAAGUGUGACGUGUGUCAAAGUGACAAACAUUGUGGUGCCUUACAUGUUAACAGUUCCCAGGGUAGGGAGGAUAAGGAGAAUUCACAUGGUGGAGAGAACAGUAUACCAUCAUCUUUUACAACAAACUGUACUCAAGUCUGUUCUGCUGCAUUCAGUGGGAAAUCCUGUGCAAAGAUUAUCUUAGUGAACAUUUUUCGAGUUGGUCGAGAAGAUCUAAAGAAAAGAGCGUAUGUGAUCCUUGACGAUCAAAGCAGCAAGACACUCGCAAAGUCAUCAUUUUUUGACAACUUUGGAAUCCAGGGACAAGAUAUUUCAUAUACAUUGUCAUCAUUCAGUGGUUCAGCCAUGGUCUCAGGGAGACAGGCCUUUGAUUACGUGGUAUCUUCAAUACACAGUGGUGAACAGAUAUACUUACCAUCAAUCAUUGAAUGUGAUGACAUCCCAAUAUCAUACGAGGAGAUCCCAACCCCAGCUGUAGUGAAACCAUACAAAUAUUUAUCAGACUUGGAGUCUGAGAUCCCACCAAUAGACGAUGAAGCGGAAGUGCUUCUUAUUGGACGUGAUGUUCCAAAUGCUCAUCAUGUGUUGGAGCAAAGGAUUGGUAAUCCAAAUCUACCUUUCGCACAGCGACUUCCUUUAGGCUGGGCCGUUAUAAGGGAAUGUUGCCUAAGAAAAGUACACAGACCUCAACAUGUGGUUGUGAACAAGACUCAAAUUUUACCGUCUGGACGGGGAACUCACUUUAUCCCAUGCUCAUCAAAUCAAAGAAUCUCAACGUAUGAAGAUGAUAUAGACAAUCAUUUUUCAAAUGAGAAGGGAAUUCAGCUUUCCCCGAUUUUUGAACGCACCAAAGACGAUAACAUUCCGGGAAUGUCAAUCGAGGACAGGGAAUUCUUAGAAAUCAUGGAGAAAAAGUGUCAUAAAGACGAGACCGGACAUUGGUCAUCUCCUAUACCGUUAAAGUCGAACAGAGAUAGACUACCUAACAACAACGAGCAAGCGUUGAAAAGGACAUAUUCAUUGCUGACAUCUUUUAAUCGGGAUCCUGUGAAAAUGAACUUGGCCAUAAAGUUUAUGGAAAAUCUGUUUACUCAUGGAUUUGCAGAGGAAGCACCAGAGGUUCAGGAGGGAGAAGAAUGUUGGUAUCUUCCUAUCUUUCCAGUAUUCCAUCCUAAAAAGCCUAACAAGAUCCGUGUGGUUUUUGACUCUUCGGCUAUUUAUCAAGGACAUUCACUGAACUCUACCUUGCUGCAAGGACCGGAUCUUACUAACAAUCUACUAGGUGUCCUUUUACGUUUUCGCAAGGAACGUGUAGCCAUCACAGGAGAUAUAGAACAGAUGUUUCAUAUGUUUGACAUCGACAAAGAACACAGAAAUUUCGUUCGUUUCAUUUGGUUCAGAGACAAUAAUCCUGCUAAGCCUUUUCAAUACUACAGAAUGUGUGUACAUGUACAUCUAUUCGGGAAUUCACCAUCACCCUCUGUCGCCACAUACUGUCUUCACAGAUGUGUAGAGGAACCUUGUGAUAAUGAUGUGAAAUAUUAUGUAACAAGAAACUUUUAUGUCGACGACGGACUGUCAUCUUAUGACACAGACAAUGAAGCUUUAGAAAUCCUGUUACGAACACAGCAGAUUCUAAGAGAUAGAGGAAAAAUUGGAAUUCACAAAUUUGCUUCCAACAGCCAAAUUGUCAUGGAUUCUUUACCACCAUAG